AUGACUGAUGUUAUUAAAAAUGACAUUGAAAAAAUUGAACGAGCUUUGAAUAUUCGUGUUGAUGAUGUUGAAAUUGAAGUUGCAUUAAAUGCUGCAUUUCCACAAGCUAUUUCAACACUUUUCAAUAAAGAACGAAUAAAAAAUGAACAAAUCGACGAAACUCCGAACUGUUAUGAUUUUGUAGAAAAUUUAAAUAGCAAUCCUCAUCGUAUUGAUCAUUCAUCUCUUCUUACCUUUGCAACAGCACUUAAUUUAUGUUAUCAACGUAAUCUAUUUCAAUUUUCCAAACAUUGUCAAUCUAUUGAUACUUCGAAUAAAUCUAAUCAAUCAAUAAAUGAAAUUCUUCCAAUACAAAAUUUUGAUAUUGAUUCAAGUUAUGUUUCAAAUCAUUUAACGACGAACAAUGAAUCAAUACAAAAUAUUCGUCGAAUGAUGCAACGUGAAGAAAAAGCACGUUUGAGUUCAAAUGAAACAAUUGAAAAAUUAAUUGAAAGUGUUGCACGAAGUAUUCGUCAAAAUAAAGAACAUGAAUUAAUUCGAAGAAUUGAAAUUCUACAAACAUCAACACGUGAUACAAAUAUUGUUAAUGAAGAACUUCAAACUGCGAAAAACAUGCUUGAUGAUUUACGAAUUUUAUCCAGUCGAGAAUUAAUUCAACAAAGAAAUAUGAAUAGUUCUAUUGAUUGGACAAAUAUUUCUGAAAUAUUUAUGAAUAAUCAAUAUACAGAAAAACAUUGCCGGCAUGCUUGGCAACAACUUUGUUUACCAGUUAUUAGUUAUAAUCAAAAUUGGUCUUCGGAAGAGGAUCAACUACUUAUAAAUACAGUUCAAAUAUACGGUGCAUAUGCUGAUCAAUGGGAAAGAAUUGCUUUAAAUUUUCCUCAACGUUCACCGUAUAUGUGUGCAAAUCGUUAUAUGUUUUUAGAGAAUACUCGUUUGAAUAAAAUAAAAUUUUCAAAAGAUCAAAUAAACGAAUUAAAACAAGUUAUUGAAGAGUAUCGUCAUAAAAAUUACGUUCCAUUAAAUAAAAUUGCUUAUAAACUUGGCUAUAAUCUUUCAACAGUACGUCGCGAAUGGCGUAAUAUUGAUCCAAAUGUUCGACGAGGCCCAUGGCAAGUAGACGAAGACGAAGCUCUUCUUCGAAGUGUACUAAAACAAUCAAAUCGUGGAACAAUCAAUUGGAAUUUAGUUGCUUGUGAUGUACCUGGUCGUUCACAAACAAAAUGUUAUCAUCGAUAUAUUCAUUUAACAAGAAAACAUCUCAAAACAGAAUUUCAACCUAAAGAUGAUCAAUUAUUAAUUGAACAACACCAACUUAAAAAUGCUCGUUGGUCUCAAAUUCAACCAUUAUUUCCUGGACGAUCAUGUUAUACAUUACAAAAUCGAUGGCGAAAAUUAAUACAAUAUCGUCAAAUAAAUGAAUUAUUUAAUUCUCAACAAUUAAAUGUUCAAUUAUUUAUUCUGAAACAAUUUUCAGCAAAAACCACAGUUACUCCUUCAUAUAAUAAUCUAUAUCAUGCACCAAAUUUUCAAUUAACUUAUGAUCAAUUACAAUGUUUAACAUCGAAUUUCUUAUUUAAACAAUUUUGUAAUGAAAUUGAUUUACAUUCUGUUAUUAAUCGCAUUGGUAUUCGACAAUUUCUUAAUAAAUUAUCAACAUCUACUAAUACUCAACAAAUAAAACAAUUAUUUUUUUCAUUAAAAAGAACACGUCAAAAACAAUUAAAAUAG